AUGGACGGUUAGUCUUGUUGCAUGAUUAAUCUUUUAGUUUGAACAAACAGAUGUUAAAUAUUCUAACCACUUAGUUAGUUUUUUUGCACUUAAUGACAGGUUCGUUUAUACUUAUUUUUCUCUUCUUUGUACUCUGCGCCCUGAUUGAAAAGCUGUCCCUAGAAAUAUCGGUAGGAAAAAAUUGGAAUCUAAUUUUUAAAAAUAAAAUGAUGAAAGGAAAGUAUUUCAUUUAGCGGCCGAAAUAAUACUUCUUUGCGUUGGAGGAGCUUUACUGUUUCUCGGGAUCCUUGCCAUUUUAACGACUGUUACGACCUGUCGGCGACUGAAACAGAAUGAGUUUUGCAGAAAUUCACAAAUAUAUCUAUUUCCAGUCAAGCCCGAACUAUCGAUAUAAAAGAAACUUCGCAAGAGGUUAACCUCUCAGAAAUUCCUUCAACGGCACCAGAAGUCGAGAAACGUCCGGAAAUAAAGGCGAAGUACCGAAAAACAGAUUUUACCGAGAAUAUUGAAGCGAAGCCAACCAAAAGAAGUCUCCUCAGGUUGGAAUUUCUAUAAAGCUCCUCUCAUGACUCAAAAAGGGGCUCACCGAGAAUAUUCUCUCAUUCAAAUCGAUCUUCACAAUCCAAGUAGUUCUUAUUUCGAAGAUGAUGGAACAGUGGAAAACCGCAAAAAACUUCAGACACACAAACUUGGUUCUCGCUCCACUUGAAGUUUCCGCUCUUCAGGCUCGAGCAAUACAAACGUUUGUUUUUGGUCUCGUAUAGUGGAAUCAUCAAAAACACCGCUAGGGAAAACUAUGGAUUUUUUUCUUAAGAUAUAUAAGAAAAUUCGAAGCUUUAUUUAACCUCUUGAAGACAUUCCAAAGAAAAAUAAAAUAUUUUUGAAAGUUUUUUUCGGCUUUUUCAAAACGUCUCUUUUUCUUAAAAAAACAUCUUUUUAGAGUGAAAAAAAGGCACGACAGAAUUUUUCUGUUUCUAGAGACAUCAGAAAAAAUCGAUUCUCGUUAAGUUCAUAUUAUGGGCUACCAAAAUUGUUUCAAAUUCAAUAAAAUCCAGAAAUUUUCAUCUAUUCAGAGAACAUUCAGCGUCACAUUUCUUUCGUGAGAUGAUGUCCAUGCGACAAGACAGAGAUAGAUUGAUAAUGGACGAAUUUCAAGUGAGUCUAACCACCCUUCUUCCAACAAAAAUUGGAAGCUUCAGGUUCUCAAUCAGAUAGAUUUGGGGAGAAGAAAAACAAGCAUGGUGGCAAUGCAAAAUUUGAGAAAAAAUCGCUACGCCGACAUUCUAGCAUGUAGGUUUUUCGAUUUAUGAUCGGAGCGAUUGAACGAUUACAAUUGGAAGAAUUCAGAUGAUGAAACACGUGUUCAUUUACUGGGAGACGUUUACAUAAACGCCAGUUUUAUCACGGUAAGAAAAUAUUUGGGAAACUAGAUACUUACUUAGUUACUUGAAUACUUUGAUGGUCCGUCUUGGCUGAUGUGCUCAGUGCGGGCCACACGUCCCCCAUUUGUCCCUCUCUCUCUCUCGAUCAUCCAAUGUCGGAACAGAAAAAUAGACAAUAGUGGAAAAUGUUCAGUCGGCCAUUUAAAAAAAAUUGAUAGUUAGUAGAGAAUGUCUUUGAGAGGCCGUAAAGAUAUUUCAGUCAACAUAGAAAUUCAAUCAAACGGCCACUAAAACAAUUUUUUCAUAACUAGCAAAUUCUAGGAAAAUGGGAAUCCUGAACGAUAUAUAGCAACACAAGGGCCGAUUGGAGUGGAGGAAGAGGCAGAAGAUACCGCGAAAUCCUCGACGAUCAACGACUUUUGGGCCAUGGUCUGGCAGCACGGAGCCGUCUGUGUUCUGAUGCUCUCGCACCACUUUGAACACGGCAUAGUUUGAUUUGUUCAAAAUUUCUCACGUUAAGUCGCGAAAGUCCUAGGCUUGAGCAUAGUCCAAAAAAACUUGAGAAGACUGAUUUUAAUGAUGUGUUCAAAGGGAAUUCGUGAGACUCGAUAUAGCCGUCAGAGAUCGAAAAAGAUGUUAUUUUGGAGAGUUGUUGAUAAUUUUGCAUUUCGCGAAGAUCACUUUGAAGACUGCAUAAGUUAUAACCCUAAGUAGCUAAUCUAGGUUAUUACAUUUCUAUUGUGCGAAAUUUCUCUUUCUGACCUGAAUAAAAUGUGAAAAGUGUUCUCUAACUGAAAAGCGAUAAGGGCAGGUUGCGUCCUUAUUGCGGGAAACUGGAGGUCAAACGUGAUCGUCGAGAAAAUGUUGAAAAAUAUUUCAUCUUCAGAAUGGAAAAAAUAUUUUUUUUUUGCAAAACUACCAAACAAGAUAGAAACUUUUAAAAAUUGGCUUGCAUUUAACCUAGAGUCUCCCGCUAGAAUGCUUCGCGAAAACAUAGACCUACCAACCUGCCUAAAUAGCCCUCCGGUCCAGAAACACUUUUUUCUGAUCCACGUAGAAAUGUUUUGGAAUUUGCCUAAGCACUAAAAUAAUCUAAAUAAUCUCAAUAUAUGCACUUUUAGCAAAAGUGUGGAUAUUACUGGCCGGAAAUUGUCGGUGAUCAGAACAAAUACGGUGAAAUUGAUGUAAGGCUCGUUACCGAAACCGAGUCUUCGAGCUUCAUUCAACGCGAAUUCGACUUGUGUCAGGGAAAAGUAACCAGAAAAGUAAUGAUUUUUUUUUCCAAAUAAAACCGUUGCAGCCUAACCUUCUUUACGAUUUUUUUGAGUUGAAAAACAAUUUUUUUCAAAAUGGUUUUGAUUUUUGAACAGUUUUGAAAGCCAGUGCUGCUGAUGAAACAGGGGCGCCCCGCGAAGCGGUUACUUCGUCAAAAAAGCUAAUUUUCUUAGUUUUUUCAAUAACUUCCGUGCUUUAUUUUCGUUCAAAUUUUUAAAAUGUUUGUACUCAGCGGGGUGCCCCGUCAGCAGCACUGGUGAAAGCUCACAAAAAUCAUUAUGUCAUUUUUUUUAGAGAUUAGCCAGAACACUUUUUCUUUGCAAUGAUUAUCUAGGAGCUCUCAAAUCGUGUCGAACACCUCGCUCAAAACCUUUUCUCAACUUUCUUCGAAAACUCUUGAUAAAUGCCAAGUACAGCUAUCGCACUACCAAUUUCUACGAUGGGCUGACGCAGAACGCGCUGAACACGAUUUUCAUCUCCUACAAUUCAUGGAGAUCGUCCGGAAACAAAAUUUCCCUCCACCCAUCAUUGUCCACUGCAGGUUAGUGCAAUGAAGAAACGUCCUAGGUCAACAAAUGCUGUUCGAAAUCAAUUCAGUGCUGGCGUGGGUCGCACUGGAGUGUUCAUUUGUGUUGAGAAUGUACUUUGGCGCGCCAAAAAUUAUGGCAUCGUCGAUAUUUUCAGGUGA